ACAAACAAACCCCAUUUUCAAUUUUUUUUCUCUCAUUUGUUUCGUUUUAGAAGGGGAAGGGGAGGGAGGAACAGGUCGGGGAGCCAGGGAAAUCUUGUCAGAUCGGCAGGGGAGCUGGUUUUUCAAGGGUCAUGGGUAGGGAAAUUGAUGGUGUAAUGGAGAAGCCAAAUGGUUCUGUUGUGGUUUUAAAUGGUGUUUCUCAUGACAAAGUCCUUGUUUCCCCCAAAGUUAUUGAUUCGGAGGAACUCGGAAGCGAGGAGAAUUCGGUUGUCGAAAGUUAUCAAGAAAAGGAGAACAAUGGUGUAGGAAUCAGAAGCUCUAACCUUGAUGCCAGUGUGUCUAGCUCUGUGUUUGCACCUGCGCCGGUGCUCGUGUCCGUGGAGAAGAAGGCGGAGAGGACUGUUGCACAGAAAAUUAGUGACUUUAAUAAGUCUAUCUCGCCCAGGGCUAUAGCUGUUAGUCCAAGAAUUGUGCGAGUAAACCACAAGGCUCAGCAACCAACCGUGCAGGCUAGGGAAAAAGCAGCAAUGAGCUCACAAACUAUUGAGACCAAGCCUUCUCCAAAAACCGUUGUUGAGGCUUCUUCGACAACUGUUGUUGGGGCUUCUACGACAACUGUUGUUGGGGCUUCUACGACAACUGUUGUUGAGGCUUCUCCCAAAACCGUUGUUGAGGCUUCCCCGAAACCCGUUGUUGAGGCUCCCCCGACACCCGUUGUUGAGGCUCCCCCGACACCCGUUGUUGAGGCUCCCCCAACAACCAUUGUUGAGGCUCCCCCGAAAACCGUUGUUGAGGCUCCCUUGAAAACCGUUGUUGAGGCUGCCCCGACAGUCGUUGUUGAGGCUGGUCCAAAAACUAUUGUUGAGGUUUCCCCAAAAACCGAUGUUGAGGCUUCCCCGAAAACCGAUGUUGAGGCUCCCCUGAAAACCGUUGUUGAGGCUCCCCCAAAAAUCGUUGUGGAGCCUUCUCCGACAACCGUUGUUGAGCCUCCUCCGAAAACCGUUGUUCAGGCUCCUACAAAAAUCGUUGUUGAGCCUCCUCCGAAAAUCGUUAUUGAGCCUCCUCCGAAAACCGUUGUUCAGGCUCCUACAAAAAUCUUUGUUGAGCUUCCUCCGAAAACCGUUGUUGAGCCUCCUCCGAAAACCGUUGUUCAGGCUCCUCUGAAAACCGUUGUUGAGCCUCCUCCAAAAACCGUUGUUGAGCCUCCUCCAAAAACCAUUGUUGAGCCUCCUUCAAAAACCGUUGUUCAGGCUCCUCUAAAAACCAUUGUUGAGCCUCCUCCAAAAACCGUUGUUGAGCCUCCUCCGAAAACCAUUGUUCAGACUCCUUCAAAAACCGUUGUUCAGGCUCCUCUGAAAACCAUUGUUGAGGCUCCUCCAAAAACCGUUGUUGAGCCUCCUUCAAAAAUUGUUGUUCAGGCUCCUUCAAAAACCGUUGUUCAUACUCCUUUGAAAACCAUUGUUGAGGCUCCUUCCAAAACCGUUGUUCAGGCUCCUUCCAAAACCGUUGUUCAAGCUCCUCUAAAAACCAUUGUUGAGCCUCCUCCGAAAACUGUUGUUCAGGCUCCUUCGAAAACCAUUGUUCAGGCUCCUUCAAAAACCGUUGUUCAAGCUCCUUNAUGA